UGCAUCUGAAUCAUCUAAUUCUUGCAUUGAUAACAAUAACAAUGAAGCCCAAGAGACUAAAAAGAAUCAAUCUGAUCUUGAAAAUAAUGAAAGUGGUGAGGUUCCUAAUCUUGAAGAUGAUGGAAUCCUUCUAGAUGUAAGUGAGACAGGAAUCCUUUCGGAUGUAAGUGAGACAGAAAUGGAAUUUGAAUAUCAAGAAUCUGAAAAUAAUCUAGAUGAUGAUAAGCUUGCAGAAAUUAUUGUCGACUUGUCAUAUAGCGAUGAUGCCGAAGCUUUUAAAGUAGCUCAGGCCAUAGAAAGAUAUAUUCAAAUUAUCAAUAAACCUAUUGCAACAGAAGGAUUGCUCGAAGAUAAUGAAAUAAUUGCCAUGGUUCAAGCUGAAGAAAAUGAUCAACAACAGGAAAGUGAUGAUGACGACGAAGAGCCUCCACCUCCACCUGUAACAACUACAAAGAUACAUAAUGCAAUAAAGACUGUUUUACGCUAUGAAGAGCAGAUUAAUUCAGAAUCUAACCUUGAGCUCGAAGAAUUAGAAUUUUUGCAGAAAAUAA